AUGUACUGUAUUUGUCGACACCAUCCCUCCAAUCAGCAUGAAGAUGAUCUAUCUGAGAUAGGGACGAGGUUGGAAGGAGAUCUUGAAGAGGAAGAAUCCAAGCGGAAAGUUGGCGACGUCUUCCUGGUGCUCAGCCAAGCGGAAUCAGAAAGACCAAGGCGACCUGCCACCUUUAAUCAUUCUCCCCGUCUUUCCGUUCUCGCCUACCUGUUCCUCCCGUCCGUUCCACCGUUUUUGGCUUCUUUCAAGUAG